AUGUGGCACCGGGACAGUGGAUGCUUCACCACCGAGGACUGGGUCAACGACCUUGUAGCCCGGCACGAUGUCGACCAGACAUCCACGGCACCCGUGAGCUUCGAAAGUCUACACCUGAUCCAAGAGCACCAGGCAGCGCAACUCGAACACGAGGCCUUCCAAAUCCCAGGCUGCGAAUCCAUCCUCUAUAGCGAUUUUGUCAUCGACGGCAAUCACGUCAACGCUCGUAUCGAGUUCGACGUGCCCCAGCUCAUGCUAGCUCCCACCCUCGAGUUGAUCUCCAGACUUCCUGGCUGGAUCACCAUCAACUUCUAG